AUGGAAGGCAAACCAAAUAAAGUUUCACGUGCUUUGCACUUGUUGGAUGGUCGUCCGGAAGGGUUUGAAUUCUCAGCUAUUCGUCCAAUUGUAUUGAAUGGUGGACUUGGUCAGAAAGGAGCCACUGUGUACUAUCAAAUUAAGAAGAGAAGAGCAAUUAUUUCAAUUGUUUUGGGAGCCUUAUGUCUUAUUAUUGGUAUCCUGGCUGGUUUGGCAUCAAUUGGUAUUGGAAGUUACUAUUCAAGUACUGGUCAUGAACGCUUUGCUAUUUACAAGACCUCUGAUUGUUCAAGUGAUGUUAUUGGAAACGUUACCCUUAAUACUAAGGUUCCUCUCUUAGAUCCAGUCUGUACUGAUCUUUCUUGUACUUCUCUUGGUAGCUUGUCCGUCAAGCCUCUCUGUGCUGAAAAGACUAUGCCUGCUGAAGCACCAGCUGGUACUGUCAUGAUUAGCUAUUAUGGUCCAACUGAUGCUACUUGUUCUUCAUCUGAUGGUGCUAAGAUAUCUGCCUCAUUCAGUGUUAGUGCUAACCUCGAUUCUUCUGUCUGUAUCCAAAUGCCAACUCUUCCAGAUGCUUUGAGGUCUGUUGCUGACAAAGUUUCCUUCUUUGAUUUCAAGGCUCUCAAGGUCUCUGGAUGUGGAAACCUUAAGGCUUAUACUGAUACUGCUUGUACCACUGGUGAAAAGGCUUUGCCUGGUGCUAAUGGACUCUGUGUUAGUGGCUACAAGGUUCAUUGUACUGCUGCUAACAAUGCUACUGCUAUGAAGGUCUCCUUCUUUGUUCUUACUUUGGUUGCCUUGUUGUUCUUUGCUUUCUAA